UUUUAGUUGAGGGCGUCUGUAAUACUUUUCUAAACCUCUUGGAUAGGCCUCCCCCUAUGUCCGCGAAACUUCCGGGCGGAAGAUAUGAAUUUUCUUUUCUACAUUAUUUUUUAAAUGGUUAGCAGGAGUAGAUAGGUUUUAUAAAAUCCUUGAUAACAAUGGAUUCUAUGCAAUUGUCACCAUCUUGUUUGCUCCUUUAUCAAGAUGACAGUUUAGUUUGUAGCUAUGCUGAUGGGACAAACCUGGAAUUGUCACCUUGUGGCUCUGCAUUUAUACACACACAAGCACAUCCCUCACCUGGUGUUCACCCUUUGCUGAACACACGGAAAGGGGCAAUACGCCAGAGAACUGCUUUCGUAACUAGUGAACACAAAACUAAAGUCCAAUAUGCAAUGGACAUCAGGAAUCGUUUUGCUGCACGUCCCUACGUUACGAGCAACCUGCUACAUGAUACUGAUUAUAUACUAGAAACCUAUGCUGAUAUUAAAGAGGUCAAUUGGUCUCCAAAAUUAGAUGAGCAACACGUUGAUGUUUUGGACAAUGGUGGAGUGCGUAUACGCUCUCUUGAUGAAUGUGCUUCUUUGAUAAUUUCAGCUAAUGAGCAUGACCUCAGCAUUGAGUACCUCUGUAAAAUCAGUAACAGAGUUGUUGAUAAUCGUAGAGAAAACAUUAGGAAUACUAUCUGUGAGGAUUCUCAAAGACAUUGUGACAGAAAUCAUGCAGGAAUAUUUGGUUCAGGUGCAACUGCUGUUAGAAAUGAUUCAUGUGCAACUCAUGACACUGUAAAACAAAAAACCAUACAGUUUGCUUAUGUAUGGAUGAUCCAGCAUCUGUCAGUUAAACACUGCCCUUUUGAGUGGCAACAUCCCUUACAGCUUGUAAAGAAAUUUAAACAUAUGAGAGUAAUUGGAAAGAAAAAAAAUAAUAAUGAAUGUCCUCUUCAAGAAGAGAAUGAAAUUGAUACAGAAACGAAUGCAUCAAUAGAAAACUGUCUGGGAUCUUCGGCUUCUGUCAUAAGUGACGAAGAUGAUGAUAAUGAGAAAGAAAGGCAGAUGAAACACCAUUUUCUAGAAAAUUCUUUCUCUGCCAAUAGAAAUGUCCCCAAAACUAUACCUGCUGCAGUUGUGGAUUGCACAUUUGUGAAUUCUGUAAAGAUGCAUUUACCAGAUCAUUUACCAACAACAUGCAGUAACCCUCAACUUCACCACUGGAGGAACAUUUCAAGUACACAACAGUUAAGUGAGAAUGUGGAUUUUGAUGCUCUAGUCAAAACACCUAAUUGUCCUCUAAAAAUGAUGAUUGCCAAUGGUGUUAUAUACAGAUUCUUCUUGAAACCUGUGAAGUCGGCUGAAAUUUAUCCUGGGGAUGGAUCAGUCAUCACAUUGCAGGACUCCAGAGGGCAGUAUUUCACACAUACAGUGGUCAACAAGGAUGGUUUAACUACUGACAAGAUGUUCAAGGUCAACAAUCAAACACUGCUGAGUAGCAAUUCACCUCAGGCUGCCCUAAUUAGGAUGGUCAACAAAGCUUUCAGAUUGUUGAGUGUUAUGCCUUACAGUAAAAACAGUUCCACGGAGGUUUGUUGGAAGAUUUUGGAACCACCGGUGCAAAUAGAAAAAAAACAACUGGCAGUCAUUAUAGAAGAGACCACUGUCCCUGGUCUAGGUUACUUUACCGCCUUUUUAGAUGGUCGUAUAAGGAUAGUGUUUGCAGAUCGCACAAUAUUGAACAUGGAAGCAGAUGACCACAAGGUCAUGAGGUAUUUGUCAGAUGCGCAUUUGCCGUAUGAAGGAAGAGUCCGUGCACCUAAUAAAACAUGUGAAAUUAUUCUACCAAGUGGACGCAAAAGGAACAUUUCCACACAGAACCCAACUCAGGAAUUUUCAUGGUAUGUGAAUUUGGCACUUGAGUGGGCAGAAUGGCUUCACACGUAUCAAAAGAGUUCACCAGAAUUCAGUGAAGAAAGUCACAAAGACGGACACAGAAUGGUACGAAUGGAGUUGGAGAAAUUGAAAUGUUUCAACUAUAUACUCGACAAUUCAAACAUCAUUGGUGCAAGAAUGGAGAACGGAAUUAAAUCUAGUGAAGUAGAGACAAAGGAUCAGACAGAAAAUUGCAUCGGCGGUAUAAAAAGCGAUAUUCUAUCUGAACGUCAACAGUGUCUUCCCAUUCGGUCUGCAGUAGAUCCAACCGAAGUACGUACUUUAUUACAUAAAACAUCACUGGUCAUUGGAGGUAUCGAUAGCCUACUGCUUAAAAAAUGAUGUCCAUGUUUGGUAUAAAGUUCACCCUCCAACUCAAGACUAUUCUAAUUCGAGACCACAUUUUCAAAGUACUGUGCCCACUAACAAUCUUCAAUCUUAUAACAAAGCCAACCUUCUAAUUAUAGGUUGAACCCAGAGACCUCCUAAUUUUCAGAUUCCAAAAGUAUCUUGAAUUGGAGGGUGAACUGGUUUUAUAUUUUUUCCAGCGAUAUUGCUUCAACAAAAAUAAAAAGUUAUAAUCAAAUAAUUCUAAUAAUAAAGAAGCUAAUGACUUUAUUCAAUGUACAUUGUAAUUAUAUUUUAUUUACAUAUUUUCUUAACUUCCUAUUAGACGUACCAUAGUUUCUUUUUAAAACCCAUAAAAGUGUUUAAAGAUAUUAAUAUGGUUUUAUAAUAUCUACAUUAUCAUCAUUAUGUAAAUUAUCUGCCCUGAUUCGUGUAAUGAAUAUCAAAGUAUUAAUUCUAAUAUUGUUUAUCACUAAAGUGCUUUUAAGGUUUUGAUGAAAAUUCGUAUAAACAAGUUGGUGAAAAUUUGGUGAAACCAGGUUAUAACCCACAUAAAAUAAUUACAAUACGUUUGCAUCAAUUUGUGAACAGAAAACUAUUCGGAAUGAAUUUUCAAAUGUUUUCGAGUAAAAAACACGACAUUUUUUAACGCUCAGUGGCCUUUCCAGUAAUCUGAUAACAAGAAUAUUGUCUUUCGAUACUUAAUAUUGAAUUGAAUGUUUAGUUUUGUUGUUUAAAUCUGUGUCUAAUUUUUUAUACUGGUACCUCUGCAAAAAUUCUCUCAUAGAAAUUGUCUUUAUAUUAGGCUAGUAUGGUAAUCCGUAUAAACAUUAUUAUACAUAUCAAUUUUAUACUUUGUAAAUGAACCUUUUAUGUGUUAUAAACGAUGUUGAGUAGUUCUACUUAUACAGUAGGCCUACAGUAAGGUAGAGUUAUUGAUAGGCCCGCCCUGUAAUAAACUCAUCAAUAUUUAUUGCAGGUUUUUUUUUUUAUUAUUAUUUAUUUUUUUAUUUUGGCAGGUAAAUGCAAUAAAUUUUUAGUCAUGAUAUUCGUCAUUCUAGAAAUUCAGUCCCAAUACCUUGCGCCUCUCGUUAGUCUCCUCUAGGCCAUUCCUUUGUAUUCUCAGUGAGUAGAAUGAGUGAUUUAAAAUCGGUUAGUGUAUAGGAUCUUAAAAUUGGUUGGCAUUUUACUACGUUUUGUUAUUGUUAUCAUCCUCAUCAUCUUCAUCAUCAUCUGCGGGCUUGCAACAUCCAUAUUUAAAAUAAAUAUAAUUAAUUACAAGUUCAUAAUUAAUUUAUUUAAUGAAUCCUUUUACAUUAAUUGAUCUCUAACGCUUCUCAGUAUCAUGUGUGUUUAUGCAACAUCUUCUUAGACUUCUUAUUGUGCCUAUUAUUUCUUAGUAUUAGGCUAUUUUAUUUCAAUAUAAAAUGGCUGAAAAACUAAAUAAUAACAUCUAAAAAGGAGUUCAAUUCAAGUCAUACCCAUUAGGGUGGCGAUUGAUGAUGAUAUACAGUCACUUCCAUUAACGGCAAAAAUGUCACAUGAUGAUUAAUGGGCAUGAGACUACCGAUUAGCGUUUUAUUCUACUUUAAUAAACAAUUCAAUUUAACAAGAAGACCUUACAAUUUUUGCCGCUGUAAUCAACCCGACAAGAGAACCGAGUGUGGACAUCGUAUUCAGACUGCUAAUGUGAUCGAGAGAUAGGCCCACUCUCUUGACAUGUUUAUUACAAUGUAGACCUAUGCCAUAUUGUUGCUGUUGUUAAUGUUGCAACAAUGAUUAUAAAUAUACAAAAAGGCAGAUUUCUUAUGUACAAAACAUAAAUGUCAAUUAUAUACUUUACAUUAAGAACAUAUUUAAAAAGAAAAGAUUAGUGAAAUUGUUUCGAUUAAAAAUUAAGAAAAUAAAUAUAUAAAUAUAUAUGGACGCCUAGAUGCUGUACUGGCUGUUACGACAAUUUUUUUUUUUGCAAAAGGACAAUGGUGUUUAUUAUUAUUAUU